UGCCAAAUUGUGAGGUGAUUCGUUGCAUUGGGCAAGGUCAUUGUAAGGGCUGGCACUGUCCCUAUUGUAGUGCCACUGGACUGAGGUAUUUAAUGAAAUCUCAUCUUCAAUCAGUGCACUGGGCUUCUCGUAUUGAAUUUGACGAUAAAACUUCAGUAUUGUGUAAAUGCAACAAUUUUAAUAAAAUAACACCAAGACACUGGCACUGCCCACUGUGUACGGAUGUAACGUUUGCCAAGUCGAUUCGACUGCUUCAUCACAUCUUGGCCACUCAUAAGCCAAUAACAUCUGUAAAACGCUAUUGCCAGGGAAAAUUGAUGUCAAAUGUGAGCCAAGUCACAAAGAUAGAAUCACCGAAGAGGAGAGAGAAACCACCCGGUUACAGUGAAUCACUAGUAUACAACGGUGUAGGUUGUGAUAUUAUCUGGUGCGACAGGGAUGCUCACUGCGAUGGAUGGCACUGCCCAUUUUGUACCACAAAUGGAAAGAGAUACUUGAUGAAAAGGCAUCUGCGAGCAGUCCACUGGGCAUCCCGUGUAGAGGCUGGAGAAAUGAAAUCUGUACUAUGUAAGUGCCCAUUGACGAAGCUUAAAGACCAGCGCCACUAUCAUUGUCCACUGUGUACCAACGUUUCUUUUGCUAAACCUGCAUCCUUGCAAAAGCACAUCCUACGUGUGCACAAACCAACUGCUGAUGUUAAGCAAUACUCAAGGAAUCAAGUCAUUAAUGUAAUGGAGGCCAAACCAGCUAUUGACGCAUUCACAACAAGUGAAGAAGCCAUGGAAGCAACAGGGGCAGUAGAAGCAACGGAAGCGAGUGAGGCGACUGAAACUGUAGAAGCAACGGAAGCGAUAGAAACAACGGAAGCAAUGGAAGCGAUAGCAGCAACAGAUGCGAUUGAAGCAACGGAAGCCAUGAAAGUAAUGGAAGCAAUCCAGAAUGACGUACAGCCAGUUAUUAAUAAGCAUGAACGUCAAAUAGAUUGGGAUAUGAUUAAGUGUACGGAGACAGGCCACUGUGAGGGAUGGCACUGUUCCCUUUGCAUCAUGACAGGAGAUAUACAAAAAUUAAAGCAACACUUUUCAGCUAAUCAUUGGGGGUCGCGGGUGGAAGUUGGGGACCUUGCUAUUGUAACAUGCAAGUGUAGAAAGGUUUCAGGACUGGGUCACCACCAUUGGCAUUGCCCACUCUGCGUCAACCGAAGCUUCUCAAGAAUUGUAACUCUGGAAGAUCACUUCGUUUAUACGCACAAACCGAAUGCCGAGGUGAAGAGGUUUUCAAGGGGUAACCUUGUUACUACAAACGACUACACUAACUCGGUCGGUAGUACACAACCAAAGCUGGAAUACGGCUCUGAACAGACCACUGCAGAUGCUCCACCUGUCCAGGAUUGUAGUGUAUUGAAGUGCGAGGUCGAAGGUCACUGCGUAGGAUGGCACUGUCCAUUUUGUGCCGCAACUGGCGAAAGAUGCAGAAUGAAGAGCCAUAUUCAAGCAGUUCAUUGGGGAUCUCGCGUUGAGAUUGGUGAAUCGUGGUCAGUACUGUGCAAGUGUAAAAGUACGGGAAAGACGACACCACGACAUUGGCACUGCACUCUUUGUACAAACUCUACGUUUGUCAAGGCGCAGAUCUUGGAAACUCACAUGAUACGAAUACACAAAGUCGAAGAAAAUAUAAAACGAUUUUCUAGAAGCAAACUUGUGGCAGUCAACGGUGUAGUUGUAACAGGCAAUGUCGUUGAAGUUCGCUCUGAUGUCAAUCUAGACACACCCAUUGAUCACCAAGAGGCCGCUUCUGUUAAUUUAGACACACAUGUUGUGAAUCUAGACACGCCUGUUGUGCAUAUAGUCACACCAGAUGAUGCUGAUGUUGCAGUUGAAGAAAUCAUAGCCUUUACUGAUGCCUGGGAAAUGCUUCAGAAAGAACUACAGUAAAAUGAAAGUCGUUGCCGUAAUCAUUCUUGACUUCAUAGGAGAAACUUUAGAACUGGACUCAAGGAAACAUUUAAGAUAAUGAACUCGGCAACAGUAUCAGAUCGAGCGAUCAUAUUAUACGCUAUGUAGUGUCUGAUAUUGCACAUGUUGCUAGGUCUAUGAGGUAAAUAAUUCUCAGUAUAUGUAUGGAAUACUGAUACAAAAGCACGAGGGAAUUCGCGUUGUUAUAGUGAUGGCGAUCACUAGCAAGGCAAAUAACUUCGCUUUAGCUUUUUUAAACUGCAUAAACAGUUACGUCAAGUAGUCCGAUGAUUUGAAAAGUAAUCAUUACGUUAAAUUUAUUAUUAAGAAGUAUUGCAAGAAUCGUUAUUUUCAACAAUAAUUUAAACAAAUGCCAAAACAUACUUUCAUCUAAAGUUUCGUCUAAACUGAUAUGUCACAUAGGCCUUCCAACAUGGCAUCGGUGGCCUCACUAAAACCAGCCAAUGAGUAAUCCAGCUAUCAUAGUAGAGAUCAGUGGUAUGGAGCCGGCCACAGUGAGUGUAAUAUACAGUCUGUUGCCUGAUUGUUAUAAUGCUUGCCUUCCAAUCCAAAGUCCUGUGUUCAAUUAUUGUAGAACCCCAGGUUCUGUGUAUACUAAAUAAUACAAGACUUGUAUUAUUUAAAGCAAACUUGGUUUUAGUUCAAACUGGUUCUAGGUAAUUUACAUUCAUAUACAAAUUUAUUUAAGUACAACUUGUUCUUGCUGAUUGCAAGACCCAUUGUCAGAAUUUCUUUAAAUUUUAAAAUUUAUACAAUUGUUACAUACAAUCACAACUAUCAUGGAAUUUGGUUUUUACUUGUAGGGUAUUUGUAUAUUAAGUGUGUGUUUUUUUUUUUACUGAUACUCUGUCUUGUUAGGUCUUAAAUUUUAAGGUGCUUGCUUUAGUCUGGAAUUUCGGUGCUGAAACUUGUUUUUGACUGAAUCUAAGAAUGAGGAUGAGGCAGGGGAAAAAACAUUGUUACAUUGCCAAAGCACGGAGACAUAUGGAAACUAAAGUCAGUCAUUUGGUAAUUUUUUUUUUUUUUUUUUUUUUUUUUUGGUUUACACUCUUUGAUAACUGAAGAACAUGAAUAAUGAAUGGGUUUCUGUCCCAAAUAAUUUUAUCUCCGAGCUCAAAACUAGACUCUAUUUGAAGAAGUUAGAUGAUUACAAUUACAUUGUUGAUUGAUAUGUACAUCAAAUACGGCUAGAAGGGUAUGACCUUUGCCCUGCUCAGGUUAUUAAGCAGUGGUGGAAUCAUCGUUGUACGUUCUUCAUUAUUCUGAUCCAUGUGGUGUUCAUUAUGUCUAGGGUUGCUGAAUCUUUUCCGUAGGUGAUUGGCAUAAUGAUGACAAUCAUUUCUAUCUGUAUUUUGAAUGAGAUCAGACUAAGAUCGUGAACAUAUUUUUCCAGGAAAACGUUUAGGGUGUGUCCUCUAACUUUUCUAACAUAUACUUCCUUCUCUUAAAUAAUUGAACAAUGUUUAGCAUAAUGAUUGGGACCUUACUUAUGUCUCUCAAAAUGAACAGUGUCACCUGCUCCGCGACAUGAGAAUGUAAGUGAUCAAAAUGCAUUUCCAUCUUUGAGCCAUUAAGUAAUUUUGCAGUGAUUUUCUCUGUAGUGCUAUCAUAGUUACCAACCUGAGAGAUUUGAAAUGCAUGAGUGACUACAACAGUUGGCCAGGGUCCAGGGGCGGAGCCCCGGCAGGGUGUCUUGGUCCAGAUGAUCUGAGCAUUUUAAGCUGUUUUAAAACGAUUUCAGGGAAUGUUUGUUGAGCAUACCUUGUACAUGAACAAAAUUAUUUUUAAUGAAGCCACAUACAAUUUGAGUAUCAAUUUAUGUUUAAUUUGAGCACCUGAACUAUGUGCACAAACCUUUUUAUUACUCAAAAAAUAAAAAAUAAAUAAAAUGCAUGUUUCAUCCAAAAUCACUUUAAAAUGCGAGACUGUCCACACGAUGUGAGACAGUUGGUAACUAUGUGCUAUGUAGUGAAUUCCUUUACUUAAAAAAAGGAAACAUGAUACCAAGGUGGUAUAGUGCUGUUAGGCUAUGUUUAAUACCAUUAAAAAAAUGUAUUAAAUUCUUUAAAAUAAUUUUAUCCAGUGUUCAAUUAGAGGCAAAUAUAUCUUUUAAAUUUUUUCUAUGUAAUUUCAUCUUUUCUAUGUGAUAUUAAGGGCCUAAAACUGUAAGUUAUUUACACAGUUUUUAAUGACCAAUAGUAGUUGUCUUGUUGAAAAAUGCAUUAAAAUUAUCAUUCGGUGACUGAGAAAAUAGCCUCUGUACAUUUAUUUGUUGUAGACAUCAUUUGAUAAUGCCAAAAUAUUAAUGUUACAACCAAGCACUCAAAAAAUAGAAGCUUAUCUAAAUUUACAUGAAAAACAGUUAUUCCAUGCUCAUUGUUGUAAUGCUAAUUAGAGCACUGUAAAAGUAUAAAAACAAUGUAAAAUGUACAAGCUUGAAAAUGAGGUGAAAUGUAACAUGUUUUUGAAUGCAGUUAAAAAGUAAUUCAGUGCUUCUCACAUGUUUUAUUUAUUUGAUCAAGAGGUUCAGUAUAGUAUAUCCUAAUAAUUGUUGUUCCAAGUUUCUCAUUUGCAUAUAUUUAAAUCAGUUGGUGAAUACCACACAUUGUGUUUUUUCUUUUUCUUCUGUUCUUUAGCAGUUAGGUAAUACUUGUCUUAGCAGCUCACAAACAGUAUUUCCCUACCUGCAGUGUAGAUCUAUCAUUACAUUAUUGGAAUGUCAUUUAACUUUGAUUAUCCCUGUGGAUUCAUAUGGAAUACUUCUGGGAUAUCUUUGGAUUUAUAUUGCUAUCCUUGGAUUAUUUGUUUGGAAUUCACCUACCAAGACACCUUUAAUGGAAAGUCAGCCAUUUUUGGUUUUUUUAGUGGCUAUACAUUUUGUCAAGGCAAGAUAUUAUUGACAGUCCAUGCUUUACG